UUAUUGUUCACUUGUUUUGGACUCUGAUAUGGAAUUCGGAAUAACACAAUAACAAAAAAGAGAGAAGGGCGAAUAUCUUAAAAAAAAUUUGGGUGCGUUUGCAGCUUUUUUUUUUUUGAUUGAAAACCCUAGACGAUUUUGAAGGUUAAAUCAAUUCUACGAGUUUCGUUCAUUUUAGAUCCAAGACCAGUUGAUCCAUUUGUGAUACCCACCUCGAGACUUAAUGUUCACUAUGGUUGCCAAUCGAAAAUUUUAGGGUACUCAACGAGCUUCUAAAAGUGAAUUAAAGCUCACAAGUUGCAAGGACUUUUAUUUAUUUUUUUACUUUAUGUGACUGUUUAGCUAUAUGGAAAAGGAUGGAGGCACGCCCUGUUUUAUCCAUCCAUCGAUCAGGUGCAAAACAACUAACUAGUGGCGUAGUGUCCGUGCCUAUGUCAUCGUCCUUCCCAGUACUUCCCAUCCCCCUUGAAGAUAAGUAUCUGAACUUGCCGGAGUGUCAACAGGUCUCAUCGGCAAGAGAACUGUUACCGCAUCCCAUGACCAUGUCACAUGCAAGUUCAUUCCCCUCCAACAGUGAGGUCGUUGGACAUAUUUUUUCAUCAGCUUCAGGCUUCUCUUUGGAUUAUCAUUUUUCCAGUCUAUCACCCCAUGAAAGGAAUUCGAGAAACGCUCCAUUCGUUUCACAGUCAUCAAAUAAUGGAUCAUCUUUGCCAUUAAAUCAACCUUUUCCUUCUGGAGUACUUAAAUCCACAGCAUCCAGUCAGUAUAUAAAAGAUAGUAGUGAUGUUUCCUGGUGUGCAGAUCCUAUGGAGGGUUUUCUUGAUUUUCCUGAGAAUAUCCCGAUACAGAACAGUCAAAUGGAAAGCAGUAGUGUGGGUGGUAUAGGAACAGAGGACCACAACAAACCAAGUGAAUGGCAGGAUUGGGCAGACCAACUAAUAACUGGUGAUGACGCUUUGGCUCCAAAUUGGAGUGAGCUUCUUGUAGACACCGGUGUCCUUGAUCCUGAACAGAAGUCAGCGUAUCAAGUCCAGCAACCAUCUUCAAAUUUCUCGGUGCACCAAUCCCAAAGUCAUCAACAGCUUCCUGUUAAUUCUGGAGAUCUAUGUGGUGUCUCUAGCCCCUCAUCCAACGGUUCUGCGAGCAAGCCACGCAUGCGGUGGACACCUGAACUUCAUGAACGUUUUGUAGAAGCGGUGAAUCAACUUGGUGGCAGUGAAAGAGCUACUCCCAAGGGUGUGCUGAAGCUCAUGAAAGUUGAAGGCUUAACCAUUUACCAUGUGAAAAGCCACCUGCAGAAGUACAGAACAGCACGGUAUAGACCAGACUCGUCAGAAGGAAAUUCGGAGAGAAAGAUGUCCACGAUUGAAGAAAUGUCAUCUCUAGACCUGAAAACGGGUAUUGAGAUUACCGAGGCACUGCGGUUGCAAAUGGAAGUUCAAAAGAGGCUGCAUGAGCAACUCGAGAUUCAAAGAAAUCUACAGUUGAGAAUAGAAGAACAAGGGAGGUAUCUUCAAAUGAUGUUUGAGAAGCAAUGCAAGUCAGGUACUGAAAAGCUCAAAGCUUCUUCAUCAAAUCUCGACGACCCAUCUGCUCUAUCAUUGGAUCAGGUUCAGAACUCUCCUUCCAAAGAUGCUGCUGAAAAAUCCGAAAAAGAUCAAGCUUUAAAGGGUAAUGAUGCCAAAGAUGGCAGUGCACUUGAGAAAGAAGCUCUGGGUGAUGUCCAACAAGAUCCCAGUGAUAGCUUCAAGCCACCACAAGCAAAACGUGCCAGAUCUGACGAGAAUACAGGAUCUGAGUGACAAGUUUGGUAAGAAAAAGUAAAAUAUCUUAUUUUGAUAGGGAUGCUGAUUGAUACAAGGUGUAUUGGAGUUUAGAUGUUCUCUCACUCCUUUUCUCUCUGUCUUUUCUCUCUCUGAUUUGGUGGAUGACUUGCGGUCUCUUUCAUGUUAACCAAUAAAGUUCGGACUUCCUGCUUUAUGUUCAUUUGAUUUGUGGGUGAGAUAUACCUGUAGGAACUGGUCAUGGAAGACGGAUACUUCUGUAUAUGUUCCCCAACUAUGAAGAGAGCAAGUAUUUUACUGUGUAAGAUAAUUUAUAAGCUUUUUCAGUUGGAAUGGAUAUGAUUUAACUUAGAAACCUUCGUAUGAAAUUACGCAUGACUAGCUUGAUUGGGUCUGGAUUGUCUCUCAAAUUCCUGUUCCUGUCUUCUCUCCCUUUCAUAUUCUGUUGAUUGUA